GGCGGCGGAGCCUCCUCGCCCCCGGUCUCGCCGCCGCCGAUCGGGGUUUUCGAAUAUAUUUCUUUUUUUACGGGACCAAAACCCAAAAAAUACAAACAUGCCACAUUACCAAUGAAGCCCCCGAAUGCAAGUGUUUUUCACAGAGAAGGCCUCCUCGUUUCGCAACCCGCGGCGCGCGCGAACUAGGAAGCCUCUGCUAUUCCCGGCAACGAAAACCAUGCCUCGCCGUCCCUCCUCCAAAAAAGGUCCAGGCAUUCCGCAGACAGCCGCUACCCCAACGAAUCGCCGGAGCCCGCCGAGGAGAGCUAGCCUCGCCCUCCGUACGUACAGCGAAAGAGGCCGGCCGGGCCGCCGGAGCUAGCUAGGCAGGCAGGCAGGCAGCGGCGCCGCUGUAGGACAGGGCGCCGUCGGCGGCGGCGGCCGAUUGGAUCUAAUCAAGAAGAAGAAGAUGGGGCGAGCGUUCCUGAACUACUACUCGUGCGCGCGGCCCGUGGACGACGUCGGCUGGACGCCCAUCCCCGGCAUCGCCCUGGACACCCUCUUCCUCGUCGUCAUCCAGGCCCUCGCCGUCAUCCUCGUCUCCAACCUCUUCCAUUCCUUCCUCCGCCGCUACCACCAGCCCACCCCCAUCUCACAGAUCCUCGCGGGCAUGGUGGUGGGCGGCAUGGGCCUCCGGAGCGCGAUCGUGCACGUGGACGUGGACAACGUGGAGGACAUGUACAACGGCUACAUCUCCACGGCGCGGAUCCUCUCCAUGUUCCUCGUCGGCCUCGAGACCGACGUGGCGGCGCUCCGGGGCGCCACGCGCCGCUGCGUGGCCUUCACCUACGCCACGGUGGCCGCCAGCCUCCUCGUGGCCGCCAUCGUGUCCAGCGGGAUGUACGGCAGCAUGAUGCACUCGCCCGUCCGCACCCCGGAGAUGCUGGCGGCGACGCUCAUGGUGGCGCUCACCAACACGUCCUCCAUCGCCGUGGCCCGCAUCGCCGCCGACCUCAAGCUCACCGUCACCGAGAACGGGCGGCUCGUCGUCGCCGCCGCCAUCGGCACCAACCUCAUCUGCGUCGUCGGCGACGGCGUGCUCUCCACCACCAGGCUGGCGAAAGACAGGGAGAAGAGCCUGGAUCUCUCCCUCGGCUUCCUGGCCCUCCUCGCCGCCGGUGUCGCCGUCUACAUGGCCCGCCCCGCCGUGACAUGGGUCAACCAGAGGAACGUCGGGCAGCACCAUGUCAGGACGCGUGACUUGCUCGUCAUGCUCGCCGCCAUCUGGGUCGUGGCCACGUUCCCCAUGCGGCUCGGCUACGACGGGCUCCCCACCAGCUUGGCCCUCGGGCUCGCGUUCCCCAGGGAAGGCCCCGCCGCCAGGUCCGUCGCCGACGCGCUCGUGCCACCGGUGAAUGGCCUGAUGCUGCCGUUUUACUUUGCCACCAUUGGGAUGCGGAUGGAUUUUAACUCCAUGUCGGGCGCCAUCAUCGUGCCCGGCGUGCUCAUGAUGCUGCUCGGCCUCGUCGGCAAGGCCAUCGGCGCCGCCGUGGCUUCGGCUUACCUUAAUAUCCCGCUCUGCGACGCGCUCCGCUUCAGCGUCCUCCUCAACGUCAAGGGCCACGUCGACACCAUGAACAUGAAGUUCGCCAAAUCAGAAGGGGUGUGGGCGGAGCAGGCGCUGUACGCGAUGAUCAUCGGGAACCUGGCGAGCACGCUGGUGGCGGGGCCGGCGGCGGCGGCGGUGCUGAGGAAGGAGAAGGAGCAGUACGCGACGCGGCACCAGGCGGUGGAGUCGGUGCUGUCCCCGGACCAGGAGCUGCGGAUCGCCGUCUGCGCCCACAGCGCGCACGCCACGCCGGCGCUGCUCAGCCUCGUGGAGCUCCUCGUCACCGACCCCGACACGCAGCCGGCAGUGCACCUCCUCCACCUCUUCCAGGGCGCCGCCGCCGCGGGCGCCGCCCACAGGCACGUCAAAGCCCCGGACCACCACGACUUCCUCCUCGACGACGAAGACCAUGACGUGGGCCGCGACGCCAUCACGGACAUGAACACCGUGGUGGACCUCUACUGGCGCGCCACGGGGGUGUCCUUCAAGCAGUUCGACGCCGUGAGCGGCAUUCGGGACGCGGCCGCCGUGUGCCGCUGCGCGGGGGACGCGCACGCGGGGCUCCUCCUGCUCCCCUGCUACAAGGAGCAGCGGUACGACGGCGUCAUGGCGUGCCGCCUCGAGUCCCGCCGCGAGCUCAACCGCCUGGUCCUCGCCCAGGCGCCCUGCACCGUGGGGCUCCUCGUGGACCGGCCCUACCGAAGCACCAGCGGCGCCGGCGGCCUGCACUGCGGGGCCAGCUUCCAGGUGCCCAGCAGCGUGGCCGCCGUGGACAACGCCGCGGGCGGCGGCGGCCGGACGCUCCUCCACCCCUGCAGCGACCGCGCCGUCGCCCACGUCGUGGCCGCCGUCUUCCUCGGCGGCGCCGACGACCGCGAGGCCGUGUCCCUGGCCGCGCGUCUCGCCGAGAACCCAAACAUCGGGCUCACCGUCUUCCGAUUCGUCAAGCGCAGCACCUACGACACCGUGACCUCAUCCUCGUCCAGGGCGGCGGCCAUCGCGGCGGCGGACGGGGCGGACUACCGCCAGAUGUCCGCCGCGGACGCGGACGAGCGCUUCAUGUGGAGGUUCUACGAGCAGUACGCGGCGAGGGAGCUGGCCAUGUAUGUGGAGAAGGUGGUGGAGAGCCCCGCCGACGUGGUGGAGACGCUGGACGGGAUGGCCGGGAUGUUCUCGCUCGUCGUCGUGGGCUGCGGCGGGAGGCAGCCCGUGGAGCUGCUUGCUGGGCUCGAGAAGUGGGCCGAGGCCGACGGAGGGGAGAUGAUGGGCCCUGUCGCGGAGAUUCUGGCCUCAAACGCGUCCAUGGAGAUGGGCUCCGUGCUCGUCAUGCAGCAGCACACCGUGCCGCCGUACGUGACGAAGACGUAGCAGCAAGUUCGAUUGAUCGGUUCAUUUUCGUACACGGAACGGAGUAAUUUAUUGUGUAUAUUUAGACAUGUUGGGUCGGGUAGGAUUUCAAAUUAACUGGAACAUCUUUAGCAGGGCACCUAAACAGUGUCCCUAUCCCGUUUUAGGAGUUACAGGCAA